AUGCAGCAGCAGGCCGCGACGAGACGAGCAGCGGCAAACCCGCGGAAAGAGCCCGCAAAGGAGAGAGCGGCAAGACCCACGGACCACAGCACGAGACCCGCAGCAGGUGCAGCCACAGGAGGAGCAGACCACAACGCAGCAAGACAGAGGACACCAGGAGCAGGUGCAGCCACAGGAGGAGCAGACCACACGCAGCAAGACAGAGGACAGCAGGAGCAGGUGCAGCCACAGGAGGAGCAGACCACACGCAGCAAGACAGAGGACACCAGGAGCAGGUGCAGCCACAGGAGGAGCAGACCACACGCAGCAAGACAGAGGACAGCAGGAGCAGGUGCAGCCACAGGAGGAGCAGACCACACGCAGCAAGACAGAGGACAGCAGGAGCAGGUGCAGCCACAGGAGGAGCAGACCACACGCAGCAAGACAGAGGACACCAGGAGCAGGUGCAGCCACAGGAGGAGCAGACCACACGCAGCAAGACAGAGGACACCAGGAGCAGGUGCAGCCACAGGAGGAGCAGACCACACGCAGCAAGACAGAGGACACCAGGAGCAGGUGCAGCCACAGGAGGAGCAGACCACGCAGCAAGACAGAGGACACCAGGAGCAGGUGCAGCCACAGGAGGAGCAGACCACACGCAGCAAGACAGAGGACAGCAGGAGCAGGUGCAGCCACAGGAGAAGCAGACCACACGCAGCAAGACAGAGGACACCAGGAGCAGGUGCAGCCACAGGAGGAGCAGACCACACGCAGCAAGACGGAGGACACCAGGAGCAGGUGCAGCCACAGGAGGAGCAGACCACAACGCAGCAAGACAGAGGACAGCAGGAGCAGGUGCAGCCACAGGAGGAGCAGACCACACGCAGCAAGACAGAGGACACCAGGAGCAGGUGCAGCCACAGGAGAAGCAGACCACACGCAGCAAGACAGAGGACACCAGGAGCAGGUGCAGCCACAGGAGGAGCAGACCACACGCAGCAAGACGGAGGACACCAGGAGCAGGUGCAGCCACAGGAGGAGCAGACCACACGCAGCAAGACAGAGGACACCAGGAGCAGGUGCAGCCACAGGAGGAGCAGACCACAACGCAGCAAGACAGAGGACACCAGGAGCAGGUGCAGCCACAGGAGGAGCAGACCACACGCAGCAAGACAGAGGACACCAGGAGCAGGUGCAGCCACAGAGGAGCAGACCACACGCAGCAAGACAGAGGACACCAGGAGCAGGUGCAGCCACAGGAGGAGCAGACCACACGCAGCAAGACAGAGGACACCAGGAGCAGGUGCAGCCACAGGAGAAGCAGACCACACGCAGCAAGACAGAGGACACCAGGAGCAGGUGCAGCCACAGGAGGAGCAGACCACACGCAGCAAGACGGAGGACACCAGGAGCAGGUGCAGCCACAGGAGGAGCAGACCACACGCAGCAAGACAGAGGACACCAGGAGCAGGUGCAGCCACAGGAGGAGCAGACCACACGCAGCAAGACAGAGGACACCAGGAGCAGGUGCAGCCACAGGAGAAGCAGACCACACGCAGCAAGACGGAGGACACCAGGAGCAGGUGCAGCCACAGGAGGAGCAGACCACACGCAGCAAGACGGAGGACACCAGGAGCAGGUGCAGCCACAGGAGGAGCAGACCACACGCAGCAAGACGGAGGACACCAGGAGCAGGUGCAGCCACAGGAGGAGCAGACCACACGCAGCAAGACAGAGGACACCAGGAGCAGGUGCAGCCACAGGAGAAGCAGACCACACGCAGCAAGACGGAGGACACCAGGAGCAGGUGCAGCCACAGGAGGAGCAGACCACAACGCAGCAAGACAGAGGACACCAGGAGCAGGUGCAGCCACAGGAGAAGCAGACCACAACGCAGCAAGACAGAGGACACCAGGAGCAGGUGCAGCCACAGGAGGAGCAGACCACACGCAGCAAGACAGAGGACACCAGGAGCAGGUGCAGCCACAGGAGGAGCAGACCACACGCAGCAAGACAGAGGACACCAGGAGCAGGUGCAGCCACAGGAGGAGCAGACCACACGCAGCAAGACGGAGGACACCAGGAGCAGGUGCAGCCACAGGAGGAGCAGACCACACGCAGCAAGACAGAGGACACCAGGAGCAGGUGCAGCCACAGGAGGAGCAGACCACGCAGCAAGACAGAGGACACCAGGAGCAGGUGCAGCCACAGGAGGAGCAGACCACAACGCAGCAAGACGGAGGACACCAGGAGCAGGUGCAGCCACAGGAGAAGCAGACCACACGCAGCAAGACAGAGGACACCAGGAGCAGGUGCAGCCACAGGAGAAGCAGACCACACGCAGCAGACGGAGGACACCAGGGACACGCACGAGUAACGUGA